AUGUUCAAGAAGGUUAAGGGCACCAAGAGUGAUGACGGCGCCAUUUUACAUAGAGUGGUCUGGAAAUGCCUUUCUGAUCAGACGGAAUUUGAGCAGAAACCUAAAGAAACUUUGUGUUCUAUUAAUGCAGGUAGACAUUGUGAGGUCCAUCAGAUGAUCGGUAACUAUAUGUGGGACCCUAACACCAACAAGUCAUUUGACAUAGGGGUCAACAGAGACAGCCUGAUGCCUCUCUGGUGGAAUGGAUCAGAACCUCUGUGGAUCACUCUGACUAAGGCCAAAAGGAAGGUCUAUAUGUACUACUGGCCAGGCUGUGAGGUUGAGAUUCUUGGUGUCAGACCCACUUACUGCCUAGAAUAUAAAAAUGUCCCAACGGAUAUCAACUUUGCCAAUGCCAUCAGUGAUGCUCUGGACUCCUUCAAGAGUGGCCGGGCCGACCUGGCAGCCAUCUACCAUGAGCGCAUUGAUGUAGAAGGUCACCACUAUGGCCCCUCGUCACCUCAGAGGAAAGACGCCCUGAAGGCUGUGGACACUGUUCUGAAGUACAUGACCAAGUGGAUCCAGGAGCGGGGCCUGCAGGACGACCUCAAUGUCAUCAUCUUCUCAGAUCAUGGGAUGACUGACAUUUUCUGGAUGGACAAAGUGAUCGAGCUGAAUAAGUACAUCAGCCUGAAUGACCUGCAGCAAGUGAAGGACCGAGGGCCUGUUGUGAGCCUCUGGCCAGCCCCUGGGAAACACUCUGAGAUAUAUAACAAAUUGAGAACAGUAGAACAUAUGACUGUCUAUGAGAAAGAAGACAUACCAAGCAGGUUCUAUUACAAGAAAGGGAAAUUCGUCUCUCCGUUGACCUUAGUGGCCGAUGAAGGAUGGUUCAUAACUGAGACUCGAGAGAUGCUGCCGUUUUGGAUGAACAGCACUGGCAAGAGGGAGGGCUGGCAGCGUGGAUGGCAUGGAUACGACAAUGAGCUCAUGGACAUGAGGGGCAUCUUCCUGGCCUUUGGACCUGAUUUCAAAUCCAACUUCCGAGCCGCUCCCAUCCGAUCGGUGGAUGUCUACAACGUCAUGUGCAACGUGGCAGGCAUUGCCCCCCUGCCCAAUAACGGUUCCUGGUCCAGGGUAAUGUGCAUGCUGGAGGGCCAGGCCAGCUCGGCUCCGGCUCUGUCUGUCCUGCCCAGCGGCUGUGCACUGGCCUUGAUUCUCCUCUUGCUAUUUCAAUAGCUGCUCCUUUGUUGUCCCGAACACUCAGCCAAGUGGACCUCCGUGGUGGAAAGGUUUUCAUUUUCUUUUUGAAUAAUAGCUUCAUUAACAAUCAAGGCCACAGAAAUUGUGAAUAUAUUAUUCUUGGAUGAUUUUAUACAUAAAUGUCCCUACUUCUUAAAAAAAAAAAUCCAAACUUUAUUUUUUCUGGAGGUAAGGAAAGUCUUACUUUUCGUUUGUUUGACUCUGUCAUUUUCCCCUUUCUUUUCAUGUAGUAACUUGGAUGAACUGUCCAAGCAGGGGCCUGCCCUGUAGCGAACAGCCUUUGAGUGGAUGUUGCAUGGUAGUCCUGGGCCCUGCUCUGUCCCGCCUUGCACAGAGCAGGCCCUGGUCUGUGCCCUGUCCACACCCAGGAGCCAACCUCGGGGUCUAUGGCCACCGUCCUGUACUGCUCCUUCCAUCCCAGAAAAAGGAGAUUCCACAUGACAGCAGUCACUGCCAUCUGUUUCUGAUUCAGCUGGUGGAGUUUCUCCAUUUUAUACAGUCUCAGAAAGGGCGUAUCUUAGCUCGAGUCAUCAAUCAAUCAAAACCCCUAAGGACUGGAGAACUCAGAAUAAGGUGACAGGCAUGGGUUCCCUCCCAAAGUCUGAAUGCACGAAAAUGUCUCCCUGGCCUUGAGGAGCAGAAAAGCUUACAAUAGAUCUGAGCUCCUGUGCAACUUCUCACAGUGUCCUACAGCCUGAAACCUUGCACAUUGUGGAUGGAUUGACGAUUGCCCACCGGCCCGCCUGUCUGUGUGAAGGCUUACUCAGAGACUGACACCCUGGAUCCCAACACAGAAUGUAGUUGACUAUAGCAACACCUGACAUACCAUUUACAGUGGGGCAAGGGAUGUCUUGCCGAUGAGAGAAUGGGCAUACCUGCAGAAACCUCAAUUCGUUGUUUGGAUUGGUGAUGCAUUAAGCAUAAGUUUCAUGCACUGGAGUCCUGGACCUUUGCUUGUUUAACAAUGACAGCAAAGGGGAUCCUUGAGUGACACAGAGUUCCAAGGAAAAUGGAGGGGGAAGGGGAGAAUGAACAUAAUGGCGUCAAAUCCCCAUCACUAACCAACAAGCCAUUUGAUUAGGAAACAGUGUGGUCAAAGGGGCCACCUCAGAGACCUAAGUUCUUUAGAAACCCUGAGAUGAGCCGUUGAUCCUGGGUUGAAAUGUUUUUAGUUUAAUAAUGUAAGUUUGUUGUAAAACAAGGGAUAACUGCGUUUUCAAAUGAUUCGAGUCAUGUACGUAUAUCAUUGCAUUCAAAUGGCUUUGCACUAAAUGAGGCACAUUUGCCAAUGAGACUUUUUUGUCAGGAAAAGAACACCUCAGGUCUCAGGAUGAUGAAGCCCUUUAUAGGGUGCCUGCCUUGAAAAAUGGAUAUCAACGCUCACCCUGAUUCAAGAAGGCAGGGAGCCGUCUCUGUGCCUUGAAGCAUGGGAGCAAAGGAUCACUGCUUAAAAAUAUCGAAUUUAUCUUCACAAAAGGUUUCUAAGGGUUUAUGUAACAUGUUUUUAAAACGGCAGCAAAGCAUUGAAUCAAUUGGAAAGGAGGCAAAUCAGCCGUUGUUAUCUGGCUGAAAGCAAAUUAGUACUCUCAGAACAUUGGCAGUGGCUGCUGAAAGGGGCAUCUAUUAUUCAAAGUUUCUUUUCUCCUAAAGGAUGGUGCUGUAAUGAAUUCAGCAGAGCCUUCCUUCCUCCCUCAUGAAGGAAGGAUACUUAAAAGACAGCCAAGUGAUUCCACUAAAAGUAGAUCAUCCAAAUCAAAAGGGCUGUAAACAUGGACACAAUCGUGCACUUGUCUUUCCUGUUCUGUUCUACCAUUUUCUUCCCCCUCAUUCAUUCUUAAAAUCUUCAAACUACAUAUUAAAAUUUCAGAUUGAUGUCUGACAAAGUAUAGUUACUCAAUAGCUAAUCUUGAAUCGAUGAAUGAGACUAAGAUACUUUUGGAAUUAUGACUAUUGGUAAGUAAUUGAGAAAAUUCAGCCCCUGAAUGGAGAAAAUAACUUUUUGCCUAAAAUAAUGCAUACAUUUUAGUGGCUUAAUUCUUUGGCUAGAGUUUUUUCUUCUUUGAUUUUUGUUUUAAAGUUACAUUAUUUUCCCUAGGAAAAGUCUAUUUUCUCUAAAUGGUUUUGUUUCACAGGAGUAAAAUCUAUGAGGAAUACAUAUAGACACCUUUUCUCCUGGAUUAUUUUACUACUUCAUUGCUAAUUCCAGGAGGAAGAUAAUUGGAUUGACCUGCAAAUACCGAAGAUAAAUGAAAGGAAUGAUCCUUAAAUUGAAGAUGAGACGAAUGGCUACUUUCCCUGCCCAUAUGUGAAAUCUCCAGAACCCAAUUCAAUUAAGUUCUGAAGACUUAAGCAUAAAUUAGAACAGGCUCAGGGAAUUCUUUCUAGCCUUGGAGAGUUCUGAGUUAUAAAGUUCCAACUCUCUUUGCUUUUAAAGGAAGCUUGGAAAUCCAGGUCUGAGUUCAGUCACAGACAGCAGUUUGUAAAUGUUCUGGGAUUAUAAGCAUCAUCUGUCUCACCUUCAGAGAUGCAGAUGCAGAGGAUCUGGGUGGGGCCUCAGGCGAUACUUUAAGUCAUGUUGAUCUAAGAUUUGGAUUUGCUCUAAAGGAAAAUGGGUUUUGAUUUGACCCUGGUAGACCUGAGUCUCCUGACAGCAAUUUCAUAACCAACCAGUUUCUCCAGAGGCCAUUAGGCUGGCAUAGGCUGUUGAUCCCAGCUGGGGCAAUUUUCCAGCCCUCUUUAAACCAAAGCAGAUCUGUACCCCCCAGUGAUGGAGAGAGGAACCAAACAGGCACACUGGACUUCUCCACAUCCUGCUCCUUGGGAGUCUAAGAUUCCCAAUGGUGCUAUCAGACAAGCUCAUUGUUCAAGACACACAGCUCUUUUAUGAAUGUCCUAAGAAAGUGUUUUGCAUUUCUGUAAAUAUCAAGAGAUUUCCAAAUGUGUGUUUAUUCUGUCUAAGCAAUUAGUGAUAGACCAAAGUCAGCGCUGGAAAAACUAGAAGGAAGGGAGGGUAUAGCCUUGGCCGACUGGUUAUAAAUAUGUGAAAUUUGGUCUCAGGUACAUCCGAUGGAAAUACACUUCUACGUUGCUUUGAAAUCAUAAAAUAGCACCUAGUGCAAUGCCUCAAAUGUUGAAUAAAUGUCCCAUAAAUAUGUGUUGAAUGAUAAAAAGAAUAAAUGUAAUUAAGAAGAUUUGCUUACAUCUCAGAUAUUCUCUCUCUACCUACAGUUCCUCAAAUUAAAUGAACUUUUCACUUU